AUUGGCAUACAGUUUUUGGGGCAGGCUUGUGUAAUUUUUUCCUCGGCUUGUUUUUACUCGGAGUGAGGGAUCGGAGUUGACAAAACAAAUGUGUGCACUGUGCAGCCAAGUCAAGAAUUGGUGUAUUACAGUUCAGGUGGAUCUAGAUCAUGGGCACGGAGAAGAAGAGCGUUCAAGGGAAUACAUGCGGACUCCGCGAUCAGAUUUCACCGCUGCAUUUCACGAAUCAGUAACAUCUAAACAUUUUCUCAGACUCGUAUGACAACAGCGGUCGAUGAGUGGCCGCUGAAUGUCCCGCCGCAGGACACUCAUUAAUGGUGGCAAAGCUCUUGUCAUUAAACGGACCCCUUCAAACCCCUCUGAAGCUUCUGGACGGCACUUGGACACCCUUUGCAGACAUGAAGGGGCAGCGUAAACGCGUUUGACUUCGAUAUCAAAAACCACCAACGACCAUUUGUCUGCGAAGUUGAUCGCGAAACUCUGCGGCCCAACCAUGUCAGGAUCCCCGGGCUCGAGUGCCUCCAACCCGCGGAAGUUCAGCGAAAAGAUCGCGCUUCACAACCAGAAACAGGCGGAGGAGACGCUGGCCUUCGAGCAGCUCAUGACAGACCUCACUGUCUCAAGGGUGCAGUUUCAGAAGAUCCAGCAGCUCCGUCUGUCUCAGAACCGGGCCCAAUACUAUGGCGGCUCUUUACCCAACGUCAACCAGAUAGGCAAUACCAGCACUGAUUUCCAGGCUACAUUUCCCUCUGGAUUUGACUCGGUCAGAGGGACCAGACAUCACGGUCUGGUGGAGAGAGUCCAUCGAGACCGCAAUCGGAUCAACUCUCCACACCGCAGACCCAUUGACAAGCAUGGACGGCAGCCUGAGACUUCUCCAUAUGGAACGAUGUACCUUUCUCCUCCCCCUGACAACAACUGGAGAAGGGAGCAACCGCCGUGGACCGAAGAGAAACGACCUGGAUUUAGAUUAAUAUCACAACUUAACAGAACGAACUCUGACUCAGCUCUGCACACCAGCGCCAUGAGUCCAAACCCACAGGAUCCUUUUGGCAUGAACCAGCAGAUGGGCAGAGGGCCCCCCCAGCGGAACGCCAGCAUGAAUGAAGCAGAGGUGGACGGUACCGGAGAUAUUUUCUCAUUUCCUGCUGUCCAUAAUGAGGAGAAUCUACUUGGUGUGAAUAAGCCACUGCCCAAACAGUUAUGGGAGGCCAAAAAGGUGCAGUCUCUGUCCUCCCGGCCAAAGUCUUGUGAAGUGCCUGGAAUCAAUAUAUUUCCCUCACCAGAGCAGAAUGUGGGUCUGUCUCACUACCAGGGCACGUUAAACACCGGAGGUUCUCUGCCUGAUCUCAGUAACCUGCACUUCCCCUCUCCUCUACCCACUCCACUCGAUCCCGAUGAGUCCGGAUAUCCCAACCUGAGUGGAGGCAGCAGCACGGGCAACCUUCCCGCAGCCAUGAUGCACCUGGGCAUCGGAAACUCGCAGGGGCUGUCAUCCUCUCUGAGCAACCCUUCCAUUCAGGCGUCCCUCACCAACUCUCAACUGCACUCGUCUCUCAGCAAUCCAUCCAUCCACACGUCCCUGCGUCUCUCCUCGCUCUCCAACACUUCUCCUACGGGCAUGGCGAGUUCCCCCAGGAGGCGGCCGGCCCCCAUCAGCCCUCUGACGCUCUCUCCGGGGGGUGAUCAACGGCGAAGCCUCAGCAAGCAGCUCUCACCCACCAUGUCGCCCUCGCUAUCUCCUAUUACACAGGGGGUUGCCUUGGACACCAGCAACUUGCCAAUGGAGCCGCCCCCUCCCUAUCCCCUUUACCAGCAAUCCCAGCAGUCCAUGCAUGAAGCGCCUCAUCCCCAUACAUCUAUUCAGCAGAGCUCCCAGCAUCCGGCGGUACAGCAACGACAGCACCAGGGCAACCAGCAGCAGCACCACCAACAGCACCAGCCUGUGUCCCCUCUUCAGAACGUCCCGCUUGACUUUAAUUCCAGUGCUCACAGCAGCAUGGGAGCAUUUUUCAAUGAUCCGUUUAUGGAACCGCAGUUCUCUGGACGCCAGUCCAAAUGUUCAUCCUAUCUGCAGGAUCAGUAUAAUAUGUUAGAGAACGUCAUGAGUUCUGUGGCAGGUGGAUUUGACCCUUCCUCCAACCUCUACUGCACCCAGGCUGCCCUUAUGGGCUUGGGUGGUAGCCAUGGCAACCUGCAAGACCACUUUCAGAUGAGGCCUAACAUGCUCUACUCUAACUGUGGAGGAGGGGUGCCCAACAUUAUUCUUACAGAUGACUCCAAUCCUAGCCUGUCUAAGGACAUCAGCAGCGUGUUGUCUGCUGUGCCUGAGUGUUUGGACUCGGAGGGAGUUUUCCCACUGGAGGAUGAACUUCGUAUCGAGCCACUCAGCCUGGAUGGACUGAGCAUGCUCAGUGACCCGGAUAUGGUCCUCCCUGACCCCUCAGUGGAGGAUAGCUUCCGCAGCGACAGACUUUAAAGAGCUACGUCCACACAUGAACGUGAAGACUAGAAGCACACAACUUACAGCACUCUGAUGUUCUGUCUCUUUUGUUUUCCCAAGCGCAUGUAUAAACACUACGUGUUGAUAUGAAGUGAAUCAUCAGUCUUGCAUGUGUCGCCCAGACGGUGUCUGUCAGUGGCCGUGUUCGUCCGGCAUGCUUCAUCUUCCUCGUGAGACGCCGUCAUUGUAUGCGUGAAACUUAUCUGGACGCUUGACGUGUGCUACGAUCUGUAAAGAUAAAGAAACAAUCGACCCACAUAUAUGAACCUGCCGCGUUAUCUUCUUAUUGUGACAAUCAGGACACCGAAGCCAUAAAAAUGCCAAACCGUUCUAACAGCGUCAUGCCUCACGGAUGGCUGGUCCUGGCCGGUCUAACUUAAAGCCACGUAACCAAACAAAACGAAUGUGCUUGUUUUACAAGAUAUAUCGGCGCUUUUGGAUAUCAUCAGGUCAGCUUUUUGUGGCAUUUUUGACGGAAGCAAAAGGAUGGGAAGCCUCCCAGAACAGUCCUGUGUUUAGGCUGUGAAUGUGGAGACUGUGAGAAGACGACAAUAUGAUGUGUUAUGGAACAGAAGGAGUCAACAGGCUGCCUAAUACGGCGAGUUUCUCCGCUGGUGCCGCAGCCUGCAGUGCAUGUUGUUGUUUAUAGCACGUGCUAAGCUAAUUUCAUUAUAUGGCGUGUAACUGGUUUUCUGACCAGUCUGGGCUCACCUUGCUGGCCUGUCAGUGAGCUGUGAAUCAGUUCGUCCUUCAGAUGCUCAGAGUGGGGCCAGUCCCUUCAUUCAAAAGAUGAGAAUUGAAUGAAUUGCACGUCUCUUCAGCACAGUCAUGUGCACUAUUGAGACGAGUCAUCUAACUAAUGUGUAUAAAGCAUUAUUUUGAAAUUUCUUUCAUAUUUUUUGUAUAAAAAGAGAACUUUGCCACUUAUAUAUGCCUCACAAUUUUCUCUGACUAGAAUGUAUUUUCGAAACAGAAAAAGGGCAAACUGUUUACAAAGAUAAAGUUUGAAAACUACAAAGGACAUAUGUGAGUAGGCGCUGACAUUUUUAUGAUUUUGCUAUACGUCUAAAAGAAAACCUUUGUAUCUUGCUGAUGUUGAUCCAGUCUAUAGUAAGCAAAUAGAAGCUUUGGCUAUGCAGACCUUCAAGGGGAACUCCGGGCAAAAAUGAAAAUUCUGCCAUUAAUUACUCAGCCUCAAGUCGUUUUAACAUCUGUAGGGCCUCCAUUUUUCAUUUUAAGGUAGUUUUGGAAGCUUUCUGACUCCUUAGAUUGCAACGCAACCAAUCUUCAAAGCGCUGAAAGUGCGUAAAGACAUCGUAAAAUUGUCCACCCGACUCCGGUGGUUCAGUAUAAAUUAAUAUAAUGCGACGAGGAUACUUUUUGUGCGCGAACAACAAAACUAACGACUAUAUUCAAAAACGUCCUGAUUUGAGGGUUAGUUUCCAGCGCGCGUUCCCGAGAGCCACACGACUCUCGAGCGAUGCUGACACCGGACGCAAUGUCAUGUGGCUCGUGUGUUUGGUUGCGCUGCAAUGUAUAGAGGAGUCAGAAAGCUUCCAAAACUUCCAAAACGACCUUAAUUUGCGUUCUGGGAAAAACGGAGGUCCUAGGGAUGUUCAACUACUUGAGGGUGAGUAAUUCAUGGCAGAAUUUUCAUUUUUGGCCGGAGUUCCCUUUUAAGCACAGGACGGCUGGAACAAUCUAGAUCAUAAAGAGGAACUAUUUUACUUGUAUAUUUACUAUAUCUUUGUGCUCAUUUGAGAUUUUAUACUUGUAAUGCAGCUUGUAAUAUGUGUAUUUGUUAAUCUGUUUGUUUUUUCCCUUUGGACUUUCAUUGUGGACGUCUGCUUUUGUGAACGUUUGUUGUGGUUGGUGUUUUUCGGUGAUGUUCAGCAUGGGCCCUCGCUCUGCAGCUCUGAUCUGUUUUAGGGGUUUUGAAAACGCAGUUUUAGAAUGUUUAAUAUGUGGACGUGGAACACAUGUAUCAUUGUUAUUGCUCGUGUUGAGAGUUGCAUUGAACAAAAUUGAUCUUUGGUAUUAAGAAGUGAAUUUAUUUUUUGAUAUUUGAAAUGAAGCCUGCACAACAGGAAUUUCAAUUGCAGUGCAUUUUGUUAAUUGCUGAAUUUAAAUGACCAGAUAUUUUAAGAUGAAGAAAGAUGUUUAAAUAUAACUCAGGAAUAUUUUCACCAUAUAAUAACUGGUUCAAUGCUGCGUUUCCAGGGCUGAAUACCGGUCUUUUGCCUCCUGCCUGCCAGAUCCAUACCGUGUCUGAUUCCCAAACCUGUUAUAGUGGGGAUCUGAUGAUCUUAUUAUCUGUGUUAAUAUUUGUGUUGUUUUUGAUUCCUGAUUUCCAAAGUAGUUGGUAGUGGAAAGCAAUAGCAACGCUAUCUGUGUGCCAUGUCCACGUUAUUUUGUUUCGUUUGUUCCUUUUUUGUACAUUCAUCCAGGUCAUAUUGGUCAAAAGCAUCAUGACAAGCUUGUUGAUGACUUCAUCACAAAUGAAUAGACGAACCAAUCAUGAAAGUUUAAGGAACGUUCUUUUUUAUUCUUGUGUGUGCAUGUUAUUUGAUGUGGUCUUGGGAGACAAGAAGAUGGGACGAUUAACAGAAGCAGACACGAGGCCAAAUUUAGAAAAACCUUGAUUUAAGCUUUGGUAAAUCUGGCGUACAAAAGGUUUUUCUGCUGAAUUAUCUCUACAUACAAAGAGAUUUGGCUUUCACCUCUGUAUCUGCAGUUAUUAUGUUUUCUUUUGUAACAUUGUUCUUUUAGAUGUAUUAUGAGCAUCUAUUAUAACAAUAAUGUCAUGUUAAAGGCUGAUGCAGCUUUGGGUUGUAGAGCAUGUUUCACUGCAUCACAUGCCUGCUGAAGUGUGCAUCUCUUUAUAGCAAACAAACUGUUAGUGUCUUUUGGUCUGUCACCUACACAGUUAACUCUGUAGUAUAUUGUCGGAAGUAACAGUGGCAGCACAUUUCCAGGGCGCGAGUAAAAUGAUCUUUAGUCGAUUUGUUUUAGGUGUUCCCAUUGUUUACUCACUUGCUCUUCUCUGGAAGGUAUUCUUGUCCUCUGCCCCAUUCCUGUUCAUCUGUGACCACUAGCUGUCCCUCCCUCUGACUGUACUGUGAUAUUUUGGGUUUUUGUAAUUUCCCAUUUCCAGGCCCUGUGCUCUAAUGGCAAAACUUCUUUUUAAUAUAGAUUUCAUAACAGAUACUAGUUCUUUUUUCUUCUGUUUAUAGUGUUUCUUUUUUAUUUUUGGCUUUUUUGACAACAAAAAUGUACAGUUAUAUUAUUUAAAGAAUAUGUUCUUGUCCACUAGUGUUACUUUUUUAUUAUGUCAUAGAAUCCUUCUUUUUCAGAUAUUAUGAUUUUAAUACACCACAAGGCGUUUGGUUGUGAAGUAUGUUAUAGUGCUUUUCCUUUGAUUUAAUAUAAACAAAUAAAACUAUUUACUGUCUA